AUGCCCGACUCUCCGGACUCCUACGACGGCGAUGCGGUCUACAACGGUGGUACGCCAACAGGGUCCGUAGCCUCUGCUGGCCCCGCCGGGCUCGCCGGGGCACCUCACAUCGCGAUCUCCAAGGAAGAUCCCGCCUCUGUCAUCAAGGUCACCCGCGGCCACUCUUGCCUGCUGUGCCAGCAACGCAAGGUCCGAUGUGACCAGGCGAAGCCAUGUAGCAACUGUGUCAAGGCUGGCGUUGAGUGCCGGGUUAUCCCGCCACAGCCGCCCCGUCGUCGGAAGAAGCGUGUCCCCGAGCGCGAUCUUGUCGAGCGUCUGCGAAGGUAUGAAGCUCUCCUGACUCAGGCCGGCGUCGAGUUCGAUGGGCUUGGUCCCGACGUCAAGAUCGUCGACCCGGGAACCGUUGAGGAUGGCGACGAGCUUGACGCAGACUUCAUUCGAGUCCGGGCCAGGGACUCCCCCGCUGGACCCGAGUCCGAGGUCAUCAGUUCGCCUGGCGAGACACCCCAUAUUCCAAAGACGUUCAAGUGGUUUCCUUUUCAGAAAGAGUACCGGACACAUACCGACUCUCGAGAGUCAUCAGACGAGGACGACGGCGGCUCAUCCAUCAACAACGCAUAUGAUCAUAUGUUUCAGCAGCGUGACGAUUUUCCAUUUGCAAUAGGUGCUGCGCACGUCAACCUCACCGACCAGCAUCCUUCUGCUAUUCAGAUAUUCCAGCUGUGGCAGGUAUACCUCAACAAUGUCAACCCGCUACUCAAACUCACGCACACGCCCACGCUGCAGGUGCGCAUAAUAGAGGCCGGCGCCAAUCUGAACAAAGUGUCGCAAAGUCUGGAAGCUUUGAUGUUCUCAAUCUACCUCAUGGCAAUUUCCACAAUGCAGGAUGACGAGGUCUACGCCACUUUCAAUGAACCAAAGCGGGCCCUCCUCGGUAAAUACUGCCGAGCCACACAGCAAGCCUUGCUUAAUGCCGAGUUCAUGCGGCAGCCUGAUCUCACAAUACUUCAGGCCUUCUUACUAUACCUGUAUGGUGUUCGACCUUUGACAGACCCUCGACAGAUAUUCUGCCUCAGUGGCAUUGCUGUUAGACUCGGCCAUCGCCUCGGUCUCCAUCGAGAUGGAGCCGCGUUCAAUCUUUCCCCGUUUGAGGUCGAAGAGAGAAGACGUCUGUGGUGGAACUUGGCAGGUUUCGAUCGGAGGAUAGGAGAGAUGACCGGGUCCACGAUUACGGCGAUAUCGAGUGGUGGUGACUGCAAGCUGCCAUUGAACAUCAACGAUGCUGACCUGCACUUAUAUGCGAGGGACUCGCCAACACCGCAUACUGCCGCCACGGAAAUGAUCUUCUCGCUGAGCAGACUUGAGUUCCACAAGGCGCCAGGCAAUGACAAGAUGAAGGCCACGUUGUCCGAGGCGAACCCUCAAGCAGUCACCAACUUGGCCGAUCACAGGUUAAGCACAUACCUAGAGCGAUUCUCUUCACACAUGGAGGACACAUACCUCAAAAUGUGUGAUCCCAAGAUACCACUACACUACAUGACGAUCCUGAUGACACGGCAACACAUCUGCAAGCUCAAGAUUAUGUCGGGAUUCUUCCGAGCAGCAAUUUCCACAGCACCACAGUCGCCUAAACCAAGCUCACCCGCACUGUCGCAAUCAGAAAACGACGCAAUCUUUGUGGAAUCGAUCAAGAUGAUCGAGUACGACAGCAUGAUCUGGGACAGGGACAGCCUCCAAGGAUAUCGGUGGUACUCCUUCAUGUACUUUCCCUUCCCGGCCUAUGUCUGCCUUCUGCAUGGUCUACGAACAAGGACGACGGGUGAGCUGUGUGAACGAGCGUGGAGCGCAAUUUGCGAGAAUCAUGACAAGCGCGGUCUCCUGAAGCACCUGCGCACUCCACUACACAUCGCGUUUGGGCCUCUAUUCCUCAAGUCUUGGAAUGCCAGAGAAGCCGCCGAGCAUCAGCUCGGGAGGACUCUGGCGCCUCCAAAGCUAAUUACAGUCAUGCGGCAAUAUGUGGCCAACUUGCCGAAGCGAGAUCGCUCGAAAUCACCUACACACUCUGCUGUCACGACACCACCCAACAUGGCACCACCGAGCACAGGCUCGACAGAGCACUACGUGACGCCAUCACCGCCACCGAUGGCUCCACAGCAGCAUGUGCAGCAGCAGCACACGCCGCCAGCAACGGUGCAGCAGCAGAACUACCCAAACAUUGACAUGUACACGAUGCACAGCGGCGUUGGAGGACCAGGUAGCGGGAGCAGCCAACACCAGCAACCUCACCAACAUGAGCCGCGUGCUUAUCCUCCGGGCAGCAGCGCGCCGAUGCCCACUCUCAAUGGCGGGACGGGCGGAGUGUUCCCAGAGCUCAAUUUUGGUGGCGAAAUGGAUUGGGACUACAUCAUGAAUCUCGGCUUCAUGGUUCCGCCGCAACCGCAGCCUCAUCACGCAUUUGCGGGACAGAUGCAUGCGGCUCAGGACCCGAAUCAGGCGCAGGUUCUGUGGUAA